AUGGUGGGUCGACACGGGAUGGAUUCCGCUCACCUUCUCUGCUUGUUUAUCUGUUUGUUGUUCACCUGUUCGGCAUCACCGCCGAACUUCAUCCUUCUCUUCGCGGAUGAUUUGGGUUUCGGGGACUUGGGUUGUUUUGGACACCCCAGUUCUCUCACACCUAACCUGGACCGCCUGGCAGCAGGUGGACUCCGUUUUACGGACUUUUACUGCACUAGCCCCGUCUGCAGCCCGUCCAGGGCGUCUUUAUUGACAGGCCGCUACCAGACUCGCUCAGGUGUCUACCCAGGUGUGCUGUACCCGGGCUCCAUAGGAGGCCUUCCUCUGAAUGAGACCACCAUUGCUGAGGUGCUGAAGCCUCUGGGCUAUGCCACAGCUGCUAUGGGGAAGUGGCAUUUAGGAGUGGGAGCCAACGGGAGGUUUCUUCCAACCAAACAAGGGUUUGACCAGUAUCUGGGGAUCCCAUACUCCCAUGACAUGGGUCCUUGUCACAACCUGACCUGCUUUCCACCGGACGUGAAGUGUUUUGGAUUCUGUGAUCGUGGCACCGUCACUGUCCCGUUAAUGUACAACGAGGCCAUUAAGCAACAACCGGUCGACUUCCUUGAUCUGGAAAAGGCUUACAGUGACUUUGCAACCAGCUUUAUUGCAGCGUCAGCCAAGAGGAAGCAGCCAUUCUUCCUCUACUAUCCUUCACAUCACACCCACUACCCGCAGUAUGCAGGUGUCGGGGCAGCCGGUCGGUCUUUAAGAGGUCCGUUUGGAGAUGCUCUUUUGGAGUUGGACAACACCAUAGGAAACCUGAUCACAGCCCUGGAGGAAUCAGGAGUGAUGAACAACACGCUCAUCUUUUUCACCUCAGAUAACGGGCCUGAGCUGAUGCGAAUGUCCCGUGGAGGAAACUCCGGCCCGCUGAAAUGUGGGAAAGGUACCACGUAUGAGGGGGGCAUGAGAGAGCCAGCCAUCGCAUACUGGCCAGGGACCAUCAGGCCAGGCGUAACUCAUGAAUUGGCCAGCACUCUUGAUAUCCUUCCCACCAUUGCAACCCUGGCUGGAGCCAAACUUCCACAAGUGAUGCUGGACGGGUUUGAUAUGACCAAUCUGCUUUUGAACCAAAGAAAGAGUAAAAGGGAGGCAAUGAUGUUCUACCCGACAGAUCCCAGUGAAAUGUAUGGCCUGUUUGCCCUCAGGCUGGGAAAAUACAAGGCUCACUUCUAUACAAGAGGGGCUUCCCACAGUGGUACCACCCCAGAUCCAGACUGCCCACUGUUCGCGACCCUCAAAGCCCACGACCCCCCUCUUAUUUUCGACCUGGAGGCCGACCCCUCGGAGCACUACCCUCUGUCUGGACCCGAUAUCCAACCCGUGCUUGAGGAGAUCGAGAAAGUUAAGGCGAACUUUGAAGGCUCCAUGGUAUUUGGAGAAAGCCAGAUAUCAAAAGGAACAGAUCCGAAUCUUGAGCCUUGCUGCAAUCCUCAGUGUACCCCCAAACCCAGCUGCUGCCACUGCUGA